AUGACACCUCACUCGAGAAGAAAUUCCAUAACGUCAGUGUCAACCGCUAACACAUAUUCAUCGCAACAUAAAUCACUAUCACGAGAUAUGUCCACUGACAAUUUACUUUCUGUUGACAGCAAGUUUAUGAAAAAACCGGCAAAACGGGUGACUGGAUCGAUGCCAUCUCCAACUCUUGCUGCCAGAGAGUCGUAUUCCAAGAGUAACAGCAUCACCAGUUCCACUAGCUACAAUAGCUUCUCCAGCCACAACAGCUAUGCACCCAAUAAUGCCGCUAAUGGGAACCGUGUAUACAACCCACCGAGUAACCACAACAAUGCCAUACCUCCCAGCAAUGGCUAUAGAAACAUGGGAGCACCGCCUGGGUCGUACUAUACAAAAGAAGGUGUGUACUAUUUCCCAAACGGAGAAGUGUUUCGACCUAGAACCGCACCAGCAAAAAGAAAUAGACCAGGAAAAAUCUCCAUUGACACAAGUGCAAAACAAAACAGCAAUAACGCCAAUUACAACAACAGCAACAGCAACAGCAACAGCAACAGCAACCCAAAUAGCCUCAACAUGGGUCAUGGAUAUCAUAACAACCCUAACCAUAACGCACCUUCAAUGGGUCCACAGAUGAACCAAUCGCGUUUUCCCAAUGAAUCCCCCACAAAUUCACCAGCCAUUUCUGCACCUCCAACACUUCGCUCAACUGGUUCUUACACAUCCAUUCCAAAGUCAAACUCACUUCAGAAUGUCCGAUUGGCGAAUAAGCAAACCUUGUCGAAAAGUAUUAGAGAAAAUAAGGGUGAUAUUCAAACGAAUAUCUCUUUUGACAACAAUAUCAAUGGAAAAAUGCCUUAUGAAAAUUAUAGGAAUAAUAGCACUACAAGUCUACGCAAUUUGCAAAGACUCCAACCACAAAACAUCACCAGAUGCGAGCACCAUCACUCAUCAAAUCCAUCGUCUUCAGUGUCCUCCAUAAACUCAAACAUGUCAAAUGUGUUACACAAUCAGUAUAACAACAACUCGGCCGCAAAUUUGUGCCGAUCUGAUAGCAAUACUCCGUCUACUUCAAUCAGUGAUGAGCAAAUACAUCAAAGCUUUCACCAGCUACUGAAUGCACACACCCAAAAGGAAAACAACAUAGAUGAAUUGGAAACGGACUCUGAUGGGCAUUUCACUGCUACAGGCUCCGAGUAUCCCCAGCUGCAAACUAUUCGGCAAACUCCUAAUACACAAGAGCCAUACCUAGAGAAUGUGGAAGCAACCCACUCUGGAUCAUAUCAUCACGAGCAUAAUAGCCAACCACGAGUCAUACAACAUAGCACCACUUCUGAUACUAAAAAUGCCACAAAUAGAGAAAGCAGCGGUUCUAGUGAUCAAAUGCAUAGUAUGGAUUCUACCUCCUCAAACAAUGGGGGUGCUCAUGAGGAUGAUGUAACCGAUGAUACAGUUGUCAGCACAUUAAAUGCAAACAGUGACGACACAUUCAAAACAGCCACCGCUGUAUCUACUUUACGCUCAAAUAGUGCUGGACAUUCAAUGAGCUCUAUUGGAGAUAACUUGAAUAGACAGCAUGUGUCCUACACCCACGGAAACACAUCGCCCCAUGAUCUUCAGUUUAAAGAGUACUCGGGUGAGCCUUUGGUCCAGUCUUCAUCGUCUGUAUCGGAAGUCAGUUUGGAUGAAGACGAGAAGAAUGCGGCAGAAACCCUGCAAAUACUAUCAGAACCUCGUGAUAUGCGACGUGAUGCUUCACAGCAGUGCAACGGCGAAGCGACAGAAACGUACAUAUCUCCAGAAAAACCAGUUCUUGCAAAUAUAUCUGAUAUGUCGUUCAAUUCAACCCAAGAGGAGUUAACAAAAUCGGGCGCAACGACACCCGUAGAGCAAGCGGAAUGGAUAUUGCCUGAAAGUGAUGAUGAGAACUCGCUUCCAGGCAGCCCAGGCAUAACAAUUCCAAUCAAUUGUUCAGUUUUGGAGAGCCGUGUGGAAAAUGCUCCUGAUUCAAAGUCUCCGAGUCAAUUGCUCCUGCUCGCAAAGUCCAGGAGCAUUGAUAGAGAGAACGAUAUAGCUGGAUUCCCUGAGCCUAGUGUCAAUGCAAUGGAUGAGCUGCAUGCCGACGAUUACUCUCCUGAGCUGUACGAAUUAAAUGCGUUAAUUGAGACACAUAAUCAGGAAAGCCCAGUCACUAAUAUUCAGCAAACUCCUCAGUCACAAGCAAGCAUUACAGGCCAUACAGUUAACGUCCCUGAAGCAGCUGACAAAUUGAAUCAACAAGUUUUGUCACCCACCUACUCCUUUUCUUCUGUUCCUUCAGCUGAUUUCGAAAUCACUUCAAAACCAUUUAAUCGAUGGGUUAAUGACUCUCAAAAGGAAGUUCCACCUAGAGGAGAUGUUCAGAUUGUCGGUCAAAAGAUUCGAAAACACCAUCGUCAAGCGUCGUCUACUUCCUCUGCAGAAUACAUCAACCAAAUCAAACAAGGGGCAGCAUCAACACCACUGGCGAUGAAAAGGUCACCUACUAAGGCUGUGGAACUCCCAGAAACCCCAAAAGUAGGGCGUGGGAGAGGAGCACAUGAUGAUAUUGAGACUCCUCCUCACGAUGCUGUACCUCCACCACCAAUUGAAAAGUCUCCCGACAUGAAAGUCAAAGGAAAACCAAAGAAGCAUGGCCAUCUGCAUCACCACCACCAGCAAGGUGAUGAGCACAAGAAAGAAGAUGAUGGUACGACAAAUUCCAAGUCCGAUGACGUCAAGAAUGGAUCUACUUUGAAGGAGGAAGUAGUGUUUACACCUCCUCAACCAAGUCAAUUCCCCAAAACAAGGUCGUUGUUGCCUAACGACAGUGGCGAAAAGAAAUCAAGUUUAAACCACAAUGAGGCAAACCCAACAAAGUCCACUAUAGCUCAGAGUGAACCUGUUUUUAAUAAACCUGCGCCCAUGUUUCGUAACAUGCCACAACCACAGCCACAACCACAGCCACAAUCUCCACAACAGCUGGUCAGUAGUAUUUUCCAAUCCCCAAAUGCAUCAGUCUUGAGUCAUUCCACAUUCAUUGGCUCAACACAACCUUCCAAAUUGGGCAAGUCUUCGUCUGUCACCAAUUUCAAGACAUUCUUCAAGAAAUUGAAACCCAAAGAUAAAGAUGGUUCCGAUUCCGCAAAUUCCACAUCUACUUCAUUACGUAGUGGAGGUUCGUCAUUGUCCUUGUCUUCCAAGAAAAAACUGAAUCGUGGUUUGUUUGGCCUAUUCAAAAAGGACGAGACUUCUUCAUCUUCGUUAUUGGCAAAACCGCCCGCACAUAAAGAUAUGCACGAUGCUUCCGAUGGUAAUCGGUUAUCGGUCCUUAGUGAGGCUUCAUUCAAACUUGGUUCGUUGCCCGAUUUCGAACCAGAAAGUGCUGGUUUAUUCGAUGAUGUCAUGCUCUCAUUUGACGAAAAGUUUGAACGUGACUUGACGCCGACCAAACCGCCUGAUUUUGCCAAAUUGCCAAAGACCAUGUCGAAAUCUAAAAAUGGUGUUUUGAGUGAACCAUUUUUGAAAGAUGACGAGUUGACAAGAGAGCAAAUUGACGACCAAAAAUUGCGUGAUGAGGCGGAUAAUGCUGGCGAUGAAGAUGGAAGUAGUGGUGAUAAUGCCGAGGGCGAUGUUGGAUUUCAAGAUGUUGAAACUGAACCCAGUGGCCCUAUUGCUCCUCCCACUGCCUCUACUGGUGGUAAUGAUGAAAAUGCUGAUAAUGACAAUACGGGUACUUGGACGGGGACGUACAUUGAUGAGAACAUUGAGUUUUUGAAAAACGAAGGCUUUUGGUCGCAAUUGGAUGAAUCUGCAUUGGCUAGACAGAUUGAGCUUGAAAAGAGAAGUAGUGGGAUUGCUCCUCGACCAUCUUCUAAGCCUGAAGAUAUCGCCACAUCUUCUCCAAUUAUUGAGGAAGCUGUGACAGGUGAGGAAAGAAUUAUUUCACGUGAGCCACCACAAAAUCAGUUUGAGCCUACGCUGCCAUUAACCAGCAAUGUCAGUGCCACUGUGGUUGUUAACAGAGACGAAUUGAAUAGUGUGCUUGUUGACUUAUCUGAGGAUGGUAAGCGGAACUUGCCUGUGCAUUUGAAAUACAUCAAGCAAUUCCGUGAUUAUCCUAGCAUUGAAGUUGAAGUGCACAAGUUCGAGCCGGUUGUGCCAUUUGUGCCAAGAGAUGAGUUGGUGGCCCGUAAUAAUAGCCCAUCAAUCUUGAAGCGUGGUCGGUCACAAUUGAGUCCACCGUAUGGGUAUCCUCGGCACCACCAGCAAUCGCAACAAUCACAAUCACCACGCUCUCAGCACAAGUUGCAGAUGCCGGCCAGUUUCCCACCCCAGGACCAACAUCCACCACCACCUUCCCAUGUUUUGAAGCGCGUCAAUUUCAACAACAAGAUCCAGAUAAAUGAAACUUUUUCAAGCGAUGUUUACAAGAGAUACAAUAAAUCGGUCACACAGUACAGUUUAUCUGAUCCCAAGGAAAUCAGUAAUAUCAAGAAUGAGGUCAAUUAUUACAAGUGUAAUGAGAUGUUGGUUCACGAAAGUUCACAAAACAAUACUCAUUUUUACUAUUGA